AUGUGUGGAAUUUUCGCCUACUGCACUUUCCUCGUUGAGAAAGAUAGAAAAUACGUCUGUGAUGUUUUGUGUAAUGGUCUCGCUCGUCUUGAAUACCGAGGUUACGACAGUGCCGGUAUCGGAAUUGAUGGUGAUACUCCCACAUCACCUUUGGUCCUCUUCAAGACCGUAGGAAAAGUAGCAUCCCUCCGAAAAGAUAUUGAAGAGGCCAUUAUCACUCCUUCCCCUGCUAAUGAAGGUGCCGAGCCUUCAAAAGUAGACAUGAAGAAAGUCUUCCUCAGCCAAACCUCUAUGGCUCACACUCGAUGGGCUACCCAUGGUGUCCCAAGCAACACAAACUGUCAUCCUCACGUUUCCAACACUCUCACUGAAUUCAGCUUGGUACACAAUGGUAUCAUCACCAACUAUAAAGAACUCAAACUCGUCUUACUCAAACGAGGUUACACCUUCCACACCGACACUGAUACCGAAGCUGUAGCCGUACUUUGUAAAUAUGUAUGGGACAGUCAACCUCACAAAAGAUUAAAUUUCACUGAACUUAUCAAGACUGUUAUCAAGGAACUGGAAGGUUCUUUCGCAUUUGUCUUCAAAUCCACUCACUUCCCUGACGAAAUCGUUGCUGCGCGACGAGGUUCCCCCUUGCUCAUUGGUGUCAAGACCGACAGAAAAUUGAAGGUUGACUUUGUAGAUGUUGAAUUGCCUACCACCGAAGAACGAGUCAACGACAUUGAUGGUGCCGGUCUCCUCGCUGUCCCCAACUCUGUUUCGGAUGGCCGCGGUACCGCUGGACCCAAACUCCGAAGAUCCCAAUCUCGAGCUUUCCUUUCCGAGGACGGCAUGCCCCAACCCAUCGAGUUCUUCGUCGCUUCCGACGCCAGUGCCGUCAUUGAGCACACUAAGCGAGUUUUGUACCUUGAAGAUGAUGAUAUUGCUCAUAUUGCUGAAGGUGAACUUCACAUCCACCGACUCCGACGAGAUGACACUGUCUCUUCCGUUCGAGCUAUCGAACAUCUCGAAAUUGAACUUGCUGAGAUUAUGAAAGGUCAAUACGACCACUUUAUGCAAAAAGAAAUUUACGAACAACCCGAAUCCGUGGUAAACACCAUGCGAGGACGAGUCAACUUUGACACCCGUCAAGUGCUGUUGGGUGGUCUCAAAGCCUAUCUCCCUGUGAUCCGACGAGGACGAAGAUUGCUAUUCGUGGCCUGUGGUACAUCUUACCAUUCGUGUAUUGCUGUCCGAGGUGUAUUUGAGGAACUUACCGAUAUCCCCGUCGCCGUCGAACUUGCUUCCGACUUCCUCGAUCGACGAACUCCAGUGUUCAGGGAUGACGUGGCAAUUUUCGUAUCUCAAUCAGGUGAAACAGCCGAUACUAUUCUUGCCAUGAGAUACUGUCUUGAGAGAGGAGCUUUAUGUCUUGGUGUAGUCAACACCGUUGGAUCAACACUUUCAAGAGAGACUCAUGCCGGUAUCCAUAUCAACGCUGGUCCUGAAAUCGGUGUCGCUUCCACCAAAGCAUACACUUCUCAAUAUGUUGCAUUAGUCAUGAUGGCUGUUCAACUAUCUGACGAUUCAAUUAUCAAGACUGCCCGAAGACAACAGAUCAUCGAUGGUCUUCAUGAUAUCCCUGCUCAGAUCAAGAAGGUUCUCGCCAUGGAUAAAGCUCUUCAAGAAAUGGCUAAGAAUAUGUUGGCAAAAGAAAAGAGUUUACUCAUCAUGGGUCGAGGAUAUCAAUAUGCUACUUGUUUGGAAGGUGCAUUGAAAAUCAAAGAGGUGUCAUAUAUGCAUUCAGAGGGUAUCUUGGCCGGUGAAUUGAAACAUGGUCCGCUUGCUUUGAUCGAUGAACAUCUUCCUGUCAUCUUCAUCAUGACUCGAGACUCUCUCUAUCCUAAGGUACAAUCUGCCUUAUCUCAAGUGACCGCUCGAAAAGGACGACCCAUCAUUAUAUGUAACGAAGACGACGACACAGUUUCCGAUGCAGCUAAAUGUAUACGAGUACCUCAAACUGUCGAUUGUCUACAAGGUUUAAUCAAUGUUAUCCCACUUCAACUGUUGUCAUACCACUUGGCGGUAAUGAAUGGUGUAGACGUUGAUUUCCCAAGGAACUUGGCUAAAUCAGUCACUACUGAAUAG